GAGUAAAUAUAGCAACUACAAUUAAUAAUCUUCUUGUAGAAUUUAAUCUUACAAAUAAAGUAUUAGCUCUUACUACUGAUAAUGUACUGGCAAUAUUAGUUUGUGGAAAAAUCUUAGCAGAUACUACAUAUCAUAGCUUAGAGGUUAUUGAGCAAGAAAUUGCUAUCAGAAUGCAAACAGCUUUACGAAGGUUAGCUGUUAACUAUUAUGAUAUUCAAAAAUUAAUGCCUACAACAAAAAUAUGGGAGAAAAUUAAGGAAAUACUUAUCUUAAUGAAGCUACUAGAAAAGGCUACAAAAUUAUUAUCCACAUCUUUAUACCUGACUAUUGCAGAUAUUUGA